AAGACGAAGAAGAAGAAGAAGAAGAAGAAGAAGAAGAAGAAGAAGAAGAAGAAGAAUUGAUAACCAGCGUCGUAAAGAAUACAGGCCUCAGGUGAAAACCCGGUUGAAGUGGAUUUUGUGCUGCUUUUUGAGACAUUUCACCUCAGACUCAUCCCUGUUAUCCAAGCAGCUAACUGAAGUUAGCGUAGCGUGCUAACAUCAGCUGGAAGUAGACGGAGACGGAACUUAGCCAGACAGAGACGCAUUUAAAGAGGACAUACAGUGUGAUAAACGGAGUGUGUGUGCAGGAAAGGCUGCUGUGAUUCAGUCAACAUGAGUAAAGUCCAGAUGCAGCUCUCGUUGGUGAAGCAGCGACUCACUGCAGCUGCUGAGGAGUUAUUUGUUCUGUUUGAAAGAACGAUAGCAGAGUACGAGGAGGAACUGUCUCGGUCCAAAGAGGAGAACGAGAGACACCGGAAACUACUGGACGCUGUGUUACAGCCUCACAUCCGGAUACACAGAGCAGACGUCCAGCAGCUGGUGGUAGUUAAAGAAGAGGUUCCCCCUCAGCAGCAGGAGAGGGGCUCCAGUCUGAACCAAGAGGACCCAGAGCCCCCCCCACACAUUAAAGAGGAACAGCAGGAAUUCUGGAGCAGCCACGACGGAGAGCAGCUUCAAGGGCUGGAGGAGGCUGAUAUCAUUGAGUUCACCUUCACUCCUGUCCGUGUGAAGAGUGAAGAUGAUGAAGAGAAACCUCCGUCCUCACAGCUUCAUCACAGACAGACUGAACUCAUGGAAACACAAGCUGAUGGAGAGGACUGUGGAGGACCAGAACCAGCCUCAGAUCCAGAUACACAUUUGCAACCAGAUACUAGUGAUAAGGUCUCACAAUGUUACACACAACUAACUGAAGUCCUGGAUAAGUGUAGGGAGACCAGAGCACCUCAGUCCAGUUUAAACUUGUGGAGAAAUACUUCAAGUACUAAAUUAUUUAGCUGCUCUCAUUGCGGUAAACAAUUUAACCAAAAGGCAAAUCUAAAGAAGCACAUAAGAACGCACACAGGAGAGAAACCGUUCUGUUGCUCAGUUUGUGGCAAAAGGUUUGGUCAGAAAGCACAUCUGCAAACCCAUUUUAAAUGUCACACAGGUGAGAAACCCUACAGCUGUUCCCUUUGUAAGAAACGAUUCUCUCGGUUGGAACAUUUACAGUUACACAUGAGAACCCACACAGGGGAGAAACCAUUCAGCUGCAACCUCUGUGACAAAAGGUUCACUUGGCUUCAUCAGUUCAAACGCCACAGGUGCUGAGGAGAGUUCUCCGACCCUCAUGAGUUCUGGAGCAAUCGGCAGGAGGCUUAUCUCACACACUUCCCCUUCACCCUUUCAAUUCCUGUGAAGAGUAUCGGUGAAGCACAGAAACCUCCGUCCUCACAGCUUCAUCAACAGCUGAACUCAUGGAAGCUGCUGGACUGCACAGCAAAUUCUGGAAUAAACUCCCUCUGAGUUAAAAUCAACUACACUUGAGUGUGACCAUCGAAUAAACUCUACAGCAGAGUUAAAGUUACUCUUUUGUUGUAGUUGAUCUUUAACACUUUUCAGGAGUUAAACCUGAACACUUGUGGGAGUUAAAACUACUCCCACGUGAGUAAAAUACAACUACCACUUCAGAGUUAAUUUUAACAUGAACUCUAUAAUAGUGUUAGUGUUAACAGUUACACUUGAAAGCAUGUUUAUUUACAUGUAACACUUUAUGGUGUCAAAAUAAAAAUGAAUAAGAAACAAUACAAAACAUUGAUUCAUACAACUGUUUUGCUUUUAUUUGAAAAAUAUCCAUGGUUUUCAAAAAUCUGUGCUUGAUAUAAAGUGCUGUUUGUUUUUCUUUUACUAACAGUGUAAACAUACACACAGCGAAUAUUCACAUUUAGAACAGCUCAGUCAGACAACUCACGUGUUUCAUUAAUGUGUUUAUUAGAAGCUGUAUAUAGUUUGAGUUUGGCGUCUAGGCUCGGACCUCAUCACUCCCCAUAUUAGCUAAGAACUUUGAGUGAUGAUUAAAUAACUAACCCCCGAGCCCACAGUUGGAAGCUGGGGAGGAAGCUGAGGUGAGCGCAUUAGCAGCGUGGAUGAGCAGUAGUAGCAGCUGCAUUAGCGAGGCAGAGGCAGGCACAUCCAACAGCUUAAAUAGAGCGCCAGAUUUAGGAGACUACGUUUGGUUGGUUGCAAGAGUGACGAGGGGAGUUAUGUGCGAAUGUAUCAUUGGUGCUCGAGUUGACUGCCUUAACAAGCUCACAGGCUUCGCCCCAUUUGUGACAUUUAAAGGAAACUAAAUAAUUAAAUAAAAAAUAAAUGCACAAAAGCUUUAGCAUCCUCAUGUAUGGCAUUGCAUACAUACAUUAUAGACAAACAACAUAUUGCAUAACAGAACUUCUCUGUAUGAGGUAGACUAAAUACUUUAACCUGUAAUUCAAGUACAUACUGUAUAUACAGUGGGGAGAACAAGUAUUUGAUACACUGCCGAUUUUGCAGGUUUUCCCACUUACAAAGCAUGUAGAAGGUCUGUCAUUUUUAUCAUAGGUACUCUUCAACUGUGAGAGACGGAAUCUAAAACAAAAAUCCAGAAAAUUACAUUGUAUGAUUUUUAAGUGAUUAAUUUGCAUUUUAUUUCAUGACAUAAGUAUUUGAUACAUCAGAAAAACAGAACUUAAUAUUUGGUACAGAAACCUUUGUUUGCAAUUACAGAGAUCAGACGUUUCCUGUAGUUCUUGACCAGGUUUGCACACACUGCAGCAGGGAUUUUGGCCCACUUCUUCAUACAGAUCUUCUCCAGAUCCUUCAGGUUUCGGGGCUGUCGCUGGGCAAUACGGACUUUCAGCUCCCUCCAAAGAUUUUCUAUUGGGUUCAGGACUGGAGACUGGCUAGGCCACUCCAGGACCUUGAGAUGCUUCUUACGGAGCCACUCCUUAGUUGCCCUGGCUGUUUGUUUCGGGUCGUUGUCAUGCUGGAAGACCCAGCCACGACCCAUCUUCAAUGCUCUUGCUGAGGGAAGGAGGUUGUUGGCCAAGAUCUCGCAAUACAUGGCCCCAUCCAUCCUCCCCUCAAUACGGUGCAGUCGUCCUGUCCCCUUUGCAGAAAAGCAUCCCCAAAGAACGAUGUUUCCACCUCCAUGCUUCACGGUUGGGAUGGUGUUCUUGGGGUUGUACUCAUCCUUCUUCUUCCUCCAAACACGGCGAGUGGAGUUUAGAGCAAAAAGCUCUAUUUUUGUCUCAUCAGACCACAUGACCUUCUCCCAUUCCUCCUCUGGAUCAUCCAGAUAGUCACUGGCAAACUUCAGCUGGGCCAGGACAUGCGCUGGCUUGAACAGGGGGACCUUGCGUGCGCUGCAGGAUUUUAAUCCAUGACGGCGUAGUGUGUUACUAAUGGUUUUCUUUGAGACUGUGGUCCCAGCUCUCUUCAGGUCAUUGACCAGGUCCUGCCGUGUAGUUCUGGGCUGAUCCCUCACCUUCCUCAUGAUCAUUGAUGCCCCACGAGGUGAGAUCUUGCAUGGAGCCCCAGACCGAGGGAGAUUGACCGUCAUCUUGAACUUCUUCCAUUUUCUAAUAAUUGCGCCAACAGUUGUUGCCUUCUCACCACGCUGCUUGCCUAUUGUCCUGCAGCCCAUCCAAGCCUUGUGCAGGUCUACAAUUUUAUCCCUGAUGACCAGCUCUCUGGUCUUGGCCAUUGUGGAGAGGUUGGAGUCUGUUUGAUUGAGUGUGUGGACAGGUCUCUUUUAUACCGGUUACGAGUUCAAACGGGUGCCGUUAAUACAGGUAAUGAGUGGAGAACAGGAGGGCUUCUUAAAGAAAAACUAACAGGUCUGUGAGAGCCGGAAUUCUUACUGGUUGGUAGGUGAUCAAAUACUUAUGUCAUGCAAUAAAAUGCAAAUGAAUUACUUAAAAAUCAUACAAUGUGAUUUUCUGGAUUUUUGUUUUAGAUUCCGUCUCUCACAGUUGAAGAGUACCUAUGAUAAAAAUGACAAACUUCUACAUGUUUUGUAAGUGGGAAAACCUGCAAAAUCGGCAGUGUAUCAAAUACUUGUUCUCCCCACUGUAUGUACAAAAAAAGAAAGGACACAUUCCAGUAAGCCAUCAAUGUUGGUAAAUUAAAUACUACAAGUCUCUGACACAACAUAAAAACGUGAAUCACACCUGUGGUGUAAACUUCUGAUGCAAUGGAGACGAAACUCACAGAGACGCUGGAGAGGAGGAAUUUGACGGCAAACACUUUUGGGUUUAUUCGGAGUUCUGGCCGGAGAAUUGACAAGACAUUUGCUGCAGACACGAGUUGCCACAGCCAGUGUCCGCACUACGGGGGGACUCGGGGGAUCUGAGACCCCCUGAAACUGACACGAGAUCCCCCGAAAACAUGAUUUGGGAAAUGUUGGGGGGUCUCUAAAAUAUUGGCAAAAUGUGUUUUAUUGAUAUUGAAAUCGUGUGUAACGGGAACUAUUUGCAUAUCAGAAGUGUUGUGUUUACAUCAAAGAUAAAAUAAACAGAUAUGACAACGA